AUGGAUCCAGCUAUUCUGCGCUUGCUCAACGUCCUGAGCCGGCAGGUCCGAGGCAAAACAGGAGCGACGCCGAAAGAAUAUUUCGAGCUGUGUCGAUGCCAUCCGGAAGACCUCUCUCGGCCCACGGAAGGCAUUUCAGCCAAGGACCUCUUGGUAACUGCAAGCCAGCGUUGUUUGAUGUGUCAAGUAGUCCAACGAGGCUUGGAAACAGCUCUUGGCACCGCAAUCGACGAGGAGUACAAUAUCAAGUACAAGCUGAAGGAAAAAUUUGGUCUAAAAAUCCAUUAUAUGCUCAAGGGUGACUGGAAUACGCGGAAAACAUACCAGGUGUACGCCGCUCAAGAUACGGUCAGACUGUCAGAUAUUUCAGAAGAAAUUCCAUCGGGGCAUGAUAUCCAUAUACACCCGCUCGAGAGCGCAUGUAUUGCGCGUAUCAAAGCGACCUUGGAGCAAUGCCGGGAAAACCAUCCUCAUUGCCGGUCUGACCUCAUCUCUGCGCUCCCAACUCGCGUUCUGUACGUGGGCGACCAAAAGAAGCCGCCGUAUCUUCUUUGCACCAAGGACGAGGCCGCAGGCUAUGUAGCACUGAGCCACUGUUGGGGCUCUGCGCAGACAUUGACGACGACAACCGCAACACUAGAGGAACGGCAAAACGGGAUCGACUGGCAGGCUCUGCCGAAAACAUUUCAAGAUGCCAUUCGAGUUACUCGAGAACUAGGCUUCGACUAUAUUUGGAUCGAUUCACUUUGUAUCCUGCAAGAUAGCCUUCAGGACUGGGAGAAGGAGGCUGCUAAGAUGGGUAGCAUUUACGAACAGGCGGUGCUGACUAUUGCUGCUUCUGUGGCCGACACCGACGAAGCAGGAUUCCUGCAGAACCGAAGUGAACAUCUAAGCACGUCAUACACGAUCCAUCAUCCGAAGCUAGAGAACGGUACAGGUGAGUUUCGCGUUCGCGAACACCUACCAUGGCACAGAAGGCAUGACAUAGCAUCGAAUAUCCGAGAUGCAUGGCGUUCAACCAUCCUCGGACCGGCGGCCCCAAUGGAGCCUUUAGACCACCGAGCUUGGACUUUCCAGGAGCGACUUGUGUCACGGAGAUUGUUGUCUUUCUGCGGAAAAGAGUAUGAAUGGGACUGCUUGAGGGGGACUAAUUGUGAAUGUGGCGGGCGGCGAAGAGACUUCAAUUUGGAAGGAUGGGACGCCAGAAACGGAAGUACACGACAAGUCUAUCAAUCGUUGCUGCAGGAACACCUUGGGGGCCCGGACGCCUUCCUCAAAGGACGUGACUCGAAAGAGUUGAGUAUGGAGCUGGUCAUGAGGUUCAAUGCUCUGAAAAGCGGGAAUGCAAUGCCCUGUGGCCGUUGUCCAGACUGCACAAAGCCUCGGAAGCUUACGGCGGAUGAGAAGCGUGAACGAGCAUACACUCUAUGGCGAACACAUUUAAUCCCUGCUUACUCUCAGCUGAAACUAACAAAGGAGAUGGACCGCUUACCAGCGCUGCAAGCAGUCGCUCGAGGCCUCCAUUCUCUGUGUGGAGAGUACAUCGCGGGGAUGUGGAAAGCUGAUCUACCGGUAGCCAUGGCAUGGACAUCCGGGGCUUACGGCUCAAAUGGGCCCCAGCCAGGACGCCCAGUGGAUGAUCGGGCACCUUCGUGGAGUUGGGCAUCAAUCGAGGGCGCGGUCGACCAUUGCAUCAACUUUGAAGAUGAGUUCAAGGCCGUGUGCGACCUUGGUGUGGUCUCAUGGCCUGAGAACUGCGACGGCUUCUCGAAUGUUGACUUUGCUAUUGCUGGUCUGCGCGGCUAUCUUCUUCCCGCGACUCUCGACGUGCGCAAGCUCGCGGCGACGGGGGAGGAGGACCUGGCGCAGAAUAGCUCGUUCGAGUAUACGUGCACUAUUGCAGAACAGCGUUUCACCAUGUACCCAGACUCAGUGCUUGAGAGGGUAGAAGGUGCAGUCGAAAGGUCAACCACGGGCAAGCAGGAGGAGUUUUCGUGCCCUGUCACGGUUCUUGCCUCUGUUGUCAUUCGAGUGAAGAGCUCGAACAUCCUAGAGGAUGACGAUGGCGACGACGAUUUGCUCAACAUGGCAAGCGAACGACGGCUGGUGUUCUUGGUCCUGAACCGAUACAACGACAGCGAAAGCCGGAUGCUGCCUUAUAAACGCAUUGGCAUCCUUCCGUAUGUCAGUUCCAGGCUAUUGCCGGAAGAGUGGUUCGAACACUGGCAGCCAAGCAUAUUCGUGCUUGCUUGA